AUGAGUGUUUUUUUAAGUUCUGGAUAAGAAAGUUUAUUCUUUUAUGUAAUAAUGACAGUCUUAAAAUUUGUUUUUUCAGGUUUGAUAGGUUUUAUCAUUGAUCAUGUGCAAUAUACUUUUAAUCUUUUAUUUGGAAGCUAAUUAUUGAUUUUAUUUUCCUACUGCUUUUAUAUAGUAUUUAUUGUGAAAAUGGUUACAGAUUAGAUUCUUUUUGAUUAUUUAUAUUUUGCAAAUGGAUUUUUAAUAGUAGGAGAAUAAUUAGGAAGUAUAAUUAUAUUAACUUUGAUUUCUAAACAUUUUGAAAGUUAAGAAGUUCCUUAUUAAAUAGGAACUUUUCAAAAAUACUCUUUUUUAGGAACAUUAUUUAGUUAUCUCAUAGUUUUUAUAAUAUUAAUACUAUAUUUUGUGUAAAAUUUGGCAAUAACAAAAUUUAUAUAAAAGUACGAAUAUAAUAUCAUAAUUUUAUCAAUAAUUCCUUUGAUAAUAUUAUUAACAGAAACAAUAUUUCUAUAUUAUUCAUUUCCUUAAUUUAAAAAUGAGGCUGAAGAAUUAAUGCCUGAGAUUAAGACUAUUCCAGUUUAAUAAAAAGGAAAUUUACUGUAAGCAUUAAAAAAUAUUUUCAAAACUGAUAGCGCAUGGGUUGCUUUAUCAGCAGGGAUUAUAAUGGGGAUUAUAAAGAUUUGGUUAGGAUUUUAACAAAAUUAAUUAUUUAAAGAUUCAAAUGAUUAUAUUUUAAUUUAUCUGAUUAUUUAUGCUUUUUUACCUACUUUAAUAAGUAAAAAUGAAAUAAAUAUAGGUUUUUGUAUGAUUUCAAGAAUAGUUAAGAACUAUGAAAAUGAAUAGAUCCCUCUUUAAGCAUUGAUAGAUAAAUCAAUAGAAUCUUUUGUCUAUUUUAUAUUAUCAAUUUUAAUUGUUACUUCUGUAUAAUAAAAAAUAGAUUUAGGACAAAAAAUACUUUUAUAUAUCGUCUUUGGAAUAUUCUAAAUAUUAUAGUAAUAUUAUUUGACAGUGAUAUCAGUAUUUAGCUUAUAAAUUUAUUUAGAUAUCUGGAGUUAGUAUGAUAGGGAUUCAUAAAGAAAAUUAUAAAAAUUAGGGUUUGACUUUUGGUUUAUUGUCAAUGAUAGAGAAUGGUUUUGCAGUUUGGGUAGUUUUGGCAAUGGCUUAUGGAGAUCAUAAAGAAGCCAUUGUUUAUGGAUUUGCAUUUGGAUAUACAUUAAUAAGCAUUAUAUCUAGUAAGAUGCUUUAGUUUGAUAAGCAAGUGAAUAAAACACAUAAUAAAGUUAGAAUAAUGGAAGAGGAUAUAAGAAAUGGUUAAUUAAUAGAUAAAUGA